AUGACAGCUCCAUUGGAGGAACCGACCGAAAGGACUUCGCUAUUACGUGGGAAAAUUACACCGAUUUCGCAACGCGAUGUUGGCGCAAUAACACCAGACAGCAUCCUCAGUGCCAAUGGCUCCAUAAAGGGAACCAAGAUUAGAGACGACGAUGCCGAUACGGAUGAGGAAAUAGGGGCGGUGGAGGAGGCGGAAAACCCACUGUUUGAGGGUAAUGCGGAAGUGAUGCAGAAAAUGCAUUUGCUGUUUCCCGCUAUUUGUAUUGGGGUAUUUCUGAGUAGCGCAGACCAGACGCUGGUGGUUAGUAGCUAUGCACGUAUGGGGAGUGAUUUAAAUGCGUUGAAUAAUACUAGUUGGAUUGCGACUGCAUACUUCCUCACUCUCACGAGUUUCCAGCCGCUGUAUGGCAAGCUGAGUGAUAUAUUCGGGCGUAGAGCUGCGCUUUUAUUUGCUUACUCGAUUUUUGGAAUUGGAUGCUUGUUCUGUGGACUUGCCAGGAAUCUGGAGGAGCUUGUUGGUGCGAGAGCCUUUGCUGGUAUUGGAGGAGGGGGCAUGACUACAGUUGCGAGCAUCUUGCUUAGUGAUAUCGUGCCUUUGAGGAACAGAGGCACUUGGCAGGGAUACAUAAACCUUGUGUAUACGUUAGGUGCAUCCAUUGGUGCUCCUCUCGGCGGUAUUCUCGCGGAUUCAGUUGGAUGGAGAUGGAUAUUCCUAGGGCAAUUUCCUCUGUGCAUCUUAGCUUCAAUAGCAGUAUAUCCCCUGCUCGACCUCCCAAAAACCGAUCAGUCUCACUGGCUAGAGAAACUCCGCCGGAUCGACUUCCUCGGCGCCUUCACUCUCAUACUCGCGGUAUUCUGUCUCCUGCUCGGCCUAGAUCGCGGCAGCAACGUCUCUUGGACUUCGACUCUCACAAUUGCAAGCGGCAGCGCCUCUAUCCCUCUCUUUGCACUAUUCAUUUUCAUCGAGAUGAAAGUCGCCUCGCAUCCCUUCGCCCCAGGCCACAUAAUUUUCCACCGCUCCCUUGUCGCCAGCUAUCUCAGUAACUUCUUCGCUUUUGCGGCACACAUGGGAUCCGUCUUCUAUAUUCCACUCUACCUGCAAGCAGUCGACGGCCUCUCAGCAACGGUUGCUGGCGUCCGCUUUAUUCCCAUCUUGAUUUGCUCCGUCUCUGGAUCACUGGUCAGCGGCAAAUACAUGCAGAAGACUGGGAAAUAUUACGCCCUCACGAUCUUCUGCGUCGUCAUAAGUCUCAUAGGCACUACCAUCAUCUUUAUAUGCUCGGGCCCCCUCUUCAACUUCUCUUGGGGACUCAUUAUUGGGCUCAGCAUUUCUGCUUUCGGAAGCGGGGCCGUAAUAACUACGUCGCUUCUCAGCGUGCUUGCGAACUCAAAUCCGGCGGAUCAGGCGAUAGCUACAGCUUGUACGUACCUAUUCCGCUCGUUGGGCAGCGUGAUAGGCGUCAGUCUGUCGGCGACGGUGGUGCAACAGAGCCUAAGAACCAAGUUGCGGGCAGCUUUGAAGAGUGGAAAGGAGGCGGAUCAGAUUGUAGAGGGGGUAAGAGAAAGUUUGGAUUAUAUUAAACUGUUGGAACCUAGUCUCAGAGAUGUUGUGCGAAAGUGCUACCAAGGCGCCGUUAGCAAUGCGUUUGGAUUAUCGAUUGGAGUUGUUUGUGGGGGGUUGGCUGUCUCGCUUUUUAUCCGGGAGAAAAGGUUGAGCAAGUGA